UAAGGGAAAAUGCAGUAAUGGCUGCCUGCAGACGAUUUUGGAUUUUGUCAGAGGUCAUAAAUGCUACAAAGCGAUGCACUGUAGACGCUAGUUUCAGGAGCAAGACUGGGUCACAGGGAAGGCAAUACUGCAUUCAGAGAUGUCUGUCAACGCAGACACAGGAAAUAUCCCCUGACACAAUACAGCUAAGUGACAGCUGUGUGAAGCGAUUAAAAACCUUGGACAAUAAUGGCUGUCUACGUGUCAUCGUAGAGGGCGGUGGAUGUUCAGGAUUUCAGUAUAAAUUUGACCUAGAUACAACACUCCAAGAAGAUGAUCAUUUGUUUGAAAAGGAUGGAGCUAAAGUUGUUGUGGAUACAGAUUCUCUAGACUUUUUGAAGGGAUGUACAAUUGAUUAUCAUCAAGAAUUGAUAAGGUCCGCUUUUCGAAUUAUCAACAAUCCUCAGGCUGAACAAGGAUGCUCAUGUGGGGCCUCAUUUGCUUUAAAGCUCUGAUGUGAUAGGAAGUGAGAAGAUGUUCUGUUCUUAACGUCAAUCUGUGGAAUCAGAAAGGAUAAUUUUGGAUUGUGUAAGGCUUCACAGCACAGGAUCUGUGGAUUUUGAAAGAAUCAUUUUGGAAAAUGUGCAAGUCAAUUCACGGAAUCUGUGGAAUCUGAAAUGUCGAUUUUGGAUUGUGGAAGGCUCUACAUGGGAUUCGUAGAAUCAAAAACUACACACAUAUACAUGUAUAUUCAUUGUAUAUAUACUUUUGUAUGUGUACAAUAUGUACAUGUAUGUAAACCUGGUAAAUACUAGUAUACCAUUCAGCUAAAGCUUCUGUUUAGUUGGAUGGGUUGAGCAAAAGCCUAGUAGUCCAGAGGUCACCAGUUAGACCCUUAGUAGAGGCAUUCAAAUAAAUUGGAUCUAUCAUGCUCUCUUUUACACUGGCACAGAUGUAGGGAUAUGGGGAAUUAUAUUUCAUGUAACGUUCUCAAACAUCGCUGUAUCCUGUGGAGGCAUUGAAAUUAAUUUAUCAUGUUCCCUGUUACAUGUAUGAAGUUACACUGCACUUUCAUAUAUAUCAAUUCCUAAUUAUAAUGAUAAAAUGUAGAGAUGUUGAUAUUGUGAUUACCUGUACAUGUAUUGGUAUGGAUUAUCUGUGUCGGAGUCAGCUCAUUAGAUAUGCAAAUCUAAUCUUAAUAAAUAUCUAGCUUUGAAUCAGAAGUCAACAUGAGAGGUCAUUGUGGUCCGAGUAUUUACUGUAUUUGUGGUGUACAUAUUGUCGAAUAUACAAAUGUAUAUUUUAAAUGAAUACCAAGGAAAUGAGUUCAGCUUUUUAAGCCUUAAUAAUGUUAUCAAAUAAAGCUUUUGGAAACAUUAUGCAGUCAUUCUGUCCAAAAUUUCUCAACUUAGUAUAUUUGCACUUACCAAUUAUAGGUAAUUAGUAUGAUAGAAAUUUUGCUGAAAUUUUUCUCAAUUUCCCCAGUACAAAUGUAUGUAUUUUUGUAUAAUAUUUAUGAUUUGGAUGUAUGAAUCCUAGAUAUUUUCGGCUUUUCUUAUGUUUUUAUAAUGUGCUACUGUACAUUUUAACAUGUCUGUAUGUUAAAUUUGCAGUAUAUAAAAUCCAAAUAAAAUGUUAUAUUAAAAUAUAACUUGGUAUUUCAUGUGGUUUUUAUGGUAUUCAUCAGUAGUUCCAACAGAUCAGGUAACAGUUUAAUCAAAUAUUCAAAAGCACAUAAACAUUUUUUUUUUGCUGGGAUCUGUCCUGCAACUAAUUUUAAGAAAUAGUUCAUUGUGAACUAUUCAGAUAGCUUUUUGUCUGUUGUCAUGCAUUAACUUUUCCUUGUGAACAAAAUAACUUGAGUAAAUAUUAACGGAGAUGGAAAUUAUUUUACAUUAACUUUGUAAUAGUAUUAUUACUGGACCUUGUGAACAUGAAAACUGGUGUUACUAUCAAAUAUAAUGUAACUUUGUAUGUACAUGUAGUGAUAUAUCAACAAGAUACUGGAUGAGUUGGAAAAGAUUGACAGUUUGAUGGUAUAUAUCCACAUAUUGGUCCUGACCGACUCCUAAAAAGGGGUCUAAUUAGCUGAAAUUUCAAAAACAUAAUCUCAAGACCCAAAAAGGGUAGAAUCAAAUACUCUUCAUAGAUGGAAGGGUCUUAAGGUGCUUUAUCAAAUUUGUGAAUUUCAUGACCCUGGGGUCUCUCAUUUGCUCAUGUGGAGGGGGUAAACUUAGCUAGUUUUAUAUAGGAAAUCUUAUUUUUGACCAUCAUUUGUUAGAUUUAUAUCAGAAUUCAUUCAGACUUGGUUGAUAUUAUCAGCAUGGGAUGACAGUUUGAUGGUAUGAACAUGUCAGUCCCUCAUGAACCCCCAGGGGACGACGGGCAGGGUCAAAUUGACUGAAAUUUCAAAAACGUCUUCUCAAGACCCAGAUAAGGUAGAAUCAAAUACUCUUCAUAAAUGGAAGGGUCUUAAGGUGCUUGGUAUAUUGCGUAUUUCACGACCCUGGGAGCUCUAUAAUAACAUCUCUUUUUUGAAUAUCAUUUGUUGGAUUUCUUUUUGAAGCAAGUCCAACUUCGUUAGAAUUAACCGUUUUGAAAGGCACUUUGAUGGUAUGCAAAUGUUGGCCCUGACUGACCCCACAUGACUGAUUGGCAGGGUCAAAAAGGGUAAAAUUGACAGAAAUAUUUCAAAACUCUGGUGACCAUUAAGGCCCAUGGGCUUCUUCUUGUGGGAUCCCUUGUCCUGGAUGUUACCUUGUUAACUGUUAAAUAGACUACCAACUUAGAGACUAAUAAUAUCUUGGGACAGAAUCAUGAUGAAAACUAGAUUUGUAUUUGAAGCUAUUUGAAUCACUAAAGAAUUGUUAUGGUAAGUGUCCUGAAACGAAUGAUCUAAACACACUAACUUUAGGGUUUUUAAUACUGAUCAACUGUUAAGUUGGUUUCUAUACAGCACUGAAUCAUAAUUAUGUUGAUGAUAUAUUUUUUGUGAUUUCUUAAUUCUGUCACUGUUGACCAUCAAUAGUUUCAUUUACUUUACUUUAAGUUACAUUAGCACUGUUAGUAUAUGAAUUUAAUUCCGAUUUGUGAUGUAAAGUUUUGAUUGACUGACAAAUAACUGAAUCAAUAAAACAAACAAGAUGUACAAUAUAUA